AAGGCGGGGAUGGCGGCCCGUAUGAUAACACAGCCGCAGAAAUCAUCACUGAUUUUGUAUACAAAACUUGACAUGCUUGACCGUGCGUCAUCGCUCUGGCUGGCGUUUAUGCUCGCUUAUGCCACGCUCUGGCAGGCUAUGGCCGGCCAACGUUCCAGAAAUCAGAUGCGUCACACGUGAAAACCGCUUUUUGAGCGAUCCCGCGGUCCGCGGAUGGAAUGCGGAGAUUGCAACGUCCGGGUCAUAAGUAGUGGAGUGUACAGACUUGCACCUCUUCAUUUUCCACGAUGACGAGGCCGCCCGUUCGCAUAGCUGGCGGCUCUGGAUCUACUGUGGAUCGCCGCUCUGGAUUCGCUAAGAUUGCCGCCGCGUUCCCGAAUGACCCGGUGGACGUGAUCAUUGGCGACUUCAUGUCGGAGGGGAAUAUGACGACGAUGGCGGCCAAGAGGGCGGGGGGCACGGAAGAAGUGGCGUACGAUGCAGGCUUUCUGGAGAGCUUGGAACUCGCGCUGGAGGAUGUAGCCAAGUAUCGCAUCAAGAUUGUCGUGAAUGCUGGGGGAUCCGAUACGUGUGGACUCCAUCGGGACGUGACCGAGCUUCUCAGAAGACGGGGUGUUUCUCUGAAUGUCGCGUGGAUAUCAGGAGACGACGUGCUUGCCACCAUGCUUGAUCGCGAUCUGAAGACAUUCUCAAAUGUGCACACGGAUCAGUCACUCGCUGCUUGGCCGUUCAAGCCGAUCGCCGCUCAAGCCUACCUCGGCGGUCUGGGCAUAGCUGCUGCCCUGACAUAUGGGGCGGAUAUCGUUUUGUGCGGCCGGGUGUCGGACGCUUCGUUGGUCAUUGGCGCCGCAGCAUGGUACCACGGCUGGCUCCGCAAUAGUCUGCCCCAGAUAUCCAAGGCGCUCGUUGCGGGACAUCUCAUCGAAUGCUCGACCUACGUUACGGGAGGCAACUUCAGCGGGUUCAGAGAACUCGAACAUCGCGACAAGUGGCUCGAUCUGGGCUACCCUAUUGCCGAAAUUGGCGCAGGGGGCGAGGUCGUGAUCACCAAACAGAGAGGAACAGGCGGCAUGGUCACUGUUGAGACUUGCACGGCCCAGCUUCUGUACGAGAUCCAAGGACCUUGGUAUUUCAACUCUGAUGUCACCGCGAUAUUGAGCGAUAUUUCUUUCACUCAAAUCGGGGUAGACCGCGUCUCUGUGAGCGGCAUCAAAUGGGCACCGCCGCCACGCACGACAAAAGUCGGCAUCACUGCGCUCGGCGGCUACCAGGCGGAAAUGCUCUUUUAUCUCGUUGGGCUCGAUAUCCCGGCGAAAGCCCGCCUAAUGGAGAAACAAGUUCGUUACGAACUUCGGGAACAGAUCGAACAACUCAGCUCUAUCCAAUUCCAACUGCUCGGCUCUUCUGAACCGAAUGCACGAACGCAGAAUAUGGCGACUGUCACCCUGCGCAUUGUAGCACAGGCCCAGGAUGCCGAAGCUCUAGGCCCGCUGAAAUUCGCGCGUCCUUUGAUGGAUCUGAUCAUGUCGUCUUACCCCGGUGGAACUUGUAAUCUGGACAUCCGCCCCGCCCUCCCUCGACCUGUCUACGAAUAUUUCGUGACUUCGCUUGAUCAGCACGAGAUCCGACACAGAGCACACCUGAAUGACGGCAAGACGGUUGAUCUUCCGCCGCCGAUUGUGACUUGGCAAUUCCCAAGACAGCAGCCCUCCCAUCCAGAGUCCAAACUGGCCGGACUCUACUUCGGGCCCACAGUCCGCGUGCCGCUGGGCCUCGUCGCCAAUGCCCGUUCGGGAGACAAGGGAUCCGAUGCCAAUGUCGGUAUCUUUGUCAGCGAUGACGAGCAGUGGGAAUGGCUGAGAAGGUUUCUCGACGUUGAGCGCAUGAAGGAGCUGCUGGCGAGCGAAUACACUGGUGAUAAAAUUGACCGAUUCGAGUUGCCGAACAUCCGAGCCGUUCAUUUCUUGCUUCACAAUCACCUCGACCGGGGUGUUAGCUGCACGAUGAGCGUCGACUGCCUCGGCAAGAAUGUCGCCGAGUUUCUGCGGUCAAGAUAUGUUGAAAUUCCGAAAAAGUUUCUUUUGGACGCUGAAGCGAAGCUCUGACCUGGAGGCGUGUUCGCGGUUUUCUUUGGGAUGUAAGUAUCAAUAUGUACAACAGAUGAAAGGUUCGGAUCAACUUCGGAUCGGACUUAACCCCGGUCGUGGUUAUUGACCGUCCGCGUUCACCUGAAUCACCUCAGUCUUCAGCAUGGCCAGUCUCCACAAAGAUGCAGCGAUCAUCGAGCAAGCCAGGACUCUCGAAAACACGCCCUGGUGCGACGACUAUGAGAAAAUGAUAUCAGGCGUCUUAUAUAACUCCAUAGCCCCGGAGCUCGUGGCCGGGCGCUUUCGCGCGCGGCAGCUCAUGCACAAGUACAAUCACCACUUCCCCGAUGACGCGACACCCGAUUCGCUCGUCGCUGACCGGGAAGCUGUGCUGAAGGAGAUGUUUGGGAAGGUCGGGAAGGGCGUGUUCAUCGAGCCGCCGCUGAACGUCGACUACGGCUGCAAUAUCUCCGUCGGAGAGGGCUUCUACUCCAAUUUCAACCUAGUGAUUCUCGACUGCAGCAUGGUCACCAUUGGCGAUCGCGUCCUCUUCGGCCCGUUCGUCUCCAUCUUCUCGGCCACGCACGAAACCGACGUGCAGUCGCGGCGCCGCGGCGAGGAAUACGCGCGGCCCGUGUCGAUUGGCGACGACUGCUGGAUUGGCGGCAACGUGACCAUCAUGCCUGGCGUCAGCAUCGGGAAGGGAUGCACUGUCGGUGCGGGGAGUGUGGUGACUCGCGAUAUCCCCGCCUUCUCUGUGGCUGUCGGGUCUCCUGCGAGGGUGGUAAAGCAGGUUCAAGCAGUCGAGGACCUGGAAUAGGUAGUCAUGGAGAAUCUGCCUAUCGCGCCUUUUUCGUCCUCUGAUCAAGUCCAGAACCUCGAGUCGACGUAUGAGCCGAAUUCAGCAGACACGGGGGCACUUGAUUGUAACUGCAUCCACAUGGGAUGGACAAGCGCUUUUUUGUUCGUGGACAUCAGCGUUGCGGCCUUUUUUCACCAGCUAGAAACGCACUGAAGCGAUUGGAAACACUUGUCCCGACUUCGCCCAGAGCUGCCAGUGACGUACAUGGAAGACAGCAUGCAGACUUCUCAAUGAACGAAAGAAGCCCAAUGUGAGGUCUCUUUGAGCUUCGCCAACAUCGUCAGUGGCGCCGUUGCACUCGGACAAGACUUGCUGUCGUAUUGCUGCUCUUCAUCAAACCUGACUUUGGCUAUCUACGGCCUUGCCGCUCGACCUGAACGGGUCCUACUUGACCGCGGGCUGCACUGGGUCACAGUCCGACUCUAGCCAGGACCUGAACUCAAGUUGAAAGCGUCGCAGCUGCCAGAAAUCCCGACUGCACCGGCCUCGCCUGUCUAUCUGAAUUCGACGUUAAGGACGAUUUCUUAACUGCACGCUAAGCUGCGCCUCACCUCGAAGGCAAUGUUCACCUAGAGGGAAGGGCCAGACGCCCCUUACGACUUGGGUCCAACUCGUGGCCCCCGAUUGCGACGGAAGUGGGUUGUGCGGUUUCUGUAUUUAAGAUCCUCGGUCGCACGGGACGAUACAUAUGGCCAUCCACUCCAAGUUCGACGGCUCAAUCGUGAUCGUAGGAUUCGGUUCUAUCGGCCGCGGAUUUCUCCCGUUGCUUGACCGCCAUGUUGCGCUGGACAAGAGCAAAGUUACCGUCAUCGAUCCCGACGACUCUGGCCGCCAUCUCGUCACCGAGCGUGGCAUGCGCUUCGUUCAGCUGGCCGUGACACAGGAGAACUAUCUGGACGUGCUCACUCCACUCGUCUCAAACGGCGGCCUUCUCAUCCAUCUCUCGGUCGAUGUCUCGUCCGUAGCACUCAUGGAGAUGUGCAAGGACAUCAACGCGCUGUAUAUCGACACUGUCAUCGAACCUUGGCCCGGCUUCUACUACGAUCCAGACCUUUCGAUGUCCGAGCGGUCGAACUACGCUCUUCGAGAGACACUGAUCGACCUUCGUUCUCGCCGGCCAGGUGGUCCGACAGCUGUCUCCGCCUGUGGAGCUAACCCGGGGAUGGUUUCUUGGCUUGUGAAGCAAGCACUGGUUGAUAUCGCUCGUGACACUGGACACCCCGCCGCGCAGCCGACGACGCGGGAGGGAUGGGCGGAACUGGCCAUGAGUCUAGGUGUCAAGGGGAUCCACAUCGCAGAGCGGGACACCCAGCAGCCGAAGACGCCGAAGGAAAUGGGGGUGUUCACUAACACCUGGUCGGUGGAAGGCUUCCUUUCCGAGGCGUUGCAGCCAGCCGAACUUGCCUGGGGAACCCACGAGAAGCGCCUGCCGCACAACGGACACAUGCACGACAUCGGUGGCAGCGCACCGGAUCUAGCUAUCUACCUUGCCCAGCCUGGGGCAUCCACCCGGAUCCGCAGCUGGACACCCACCUCCGGGCCGCAGGUUGCGUUCCUGCAGACGCAUACGGAGGCGUUGAGCAUUUCCGACUACCUCACUGUUCGGGAGCCAGGAGUCUUGUAUCGCCCGACGUGUCAUUACGCGUACCACCCGGCGGAGUGUGCGGUCUUGAGCUUGAAUGAGCUCGCCGGCCGAGCCUGGAAGCCGCAAGCAAAGUCUCAUAUCCUCGGUCCCGACGACAUCCUCCCUGGGGGUGUCGACUCCCUCGGAGUUCUGCUCUACGGACACGCUCUCAACGCGUACUGGUUCGGGAGCACGCUGUCCAUUGACGAGGCGAAACAGCUUGUGCCGAAUCAAAACGCGACCGGGCUGCAAGUGAGCAGCGCUGUGCUCGCGGGGAUCGUCUGGAUGCUCGAGAAUCCGGAGAUGGGGAUUGUUGAAGCGGACGACAUGGACUUCCAGCGGUGCCUGGAGGUACAGCGAGAGUAUUUGGGUAUUUUGCAUGGCGCGUACACUGAUUGGACGCCGCUGGAAGGCAGAGGAGACGAUGCGCUGUGGACCGGAGAGCCGGACAGAGAUGAUCCCUGGCAAUUUGAGAAUGUUCUUAUGUAGAUGUGGAUUUCGCACACACCCAUUGAAUGUGUUAUCGGGCCACUUUGCAUCAUGCUCAGCACACUGGCGGCGCGUAUCAUCCGAUCGAGGAUUCGAGCGCCGAACUACGAAGUACAUGGUAUGCUUCAAGUCAAGCCAUUGGGUUCUGCAACCUACAAUUGAAGGAGUCGAUUGUGGGACUAUAUGCUGUCUGCAGGAAUGUACUCACAAGGAUACCGGAGAAACACAUCCUCGCGAUAUUUCUCGGGCUGGACGGCACAUGACUCUGGAAGUACCAGAUUAGAUCAUGAUCAGCGGGAACCCAAACACCAUCUUCUGCUCGGUCUACGCCACCAAUUCGUGCGUUCGCUACUUCCACAGCCUUCUAAGUGACUCGUCCGCCCCCCGCAUCCGGUUCCUCUGCUGUGCAUUGGAGAUUUGCUGUAAAUCAGCCCGUAUCCCUCCGCGCAACCUUGCCUCAAAACAUACAUCGGAACAGAUGCGGUAGCGCAUACUGCUACUGCACUGCCCUCAGAUAAAAAGAGAGGGAGGCAUCUCAUCCCCCCUCUCUUUUCAUCGAUACAGUCCCUCUACAGCAUGCCACCGACUCCCUCUCGACGCCCCUCCUACCCCAUGCAAAGCCUCGCUGGCGCAAGUGCCGUGGCCAUGGCACAGCCUGUCCACGCACUUGGACAGCUCGAAGGUGACCCCCCGACCGUCCCGUCGCCUCCCUCUCCGCCCUCCACCGGGAAGAAAUGGGGCAUGAUCAUCGCCAUUCGUGAUUCUGCAUCGCUCGAAAUCCCCUCCGACGUCAUGGCCUUGCGGCCCGGUGAAGCACCGGUCGUGGCUGAGAAGUAUCCUCCGCUACCUGGCAUCCAUGAGGACGCGGAGAAGCUUUAUGACGUCCUCACAACUGUACACGGAUACCCACCCGAAAACAUCAUCCGCUUGAUGGACGACGGAAAAGCAGGGUCUAUCGUCCCCACGCACAACAAUAUUUUGCGCGAAAUCCGGGCUUUGGGCACGCGGGUACGAUCUGAGGACCGUGUCUGUUUCUUCUACGCAGGCCACACUGCUCAGACCUACAAUGCGCGUGGGACUGAAGAAGACGACAUGGAUGAAGUCUUGAUCACCCGUGAUGGAAGGAUGAUAAUCGAUAAUAUUUUGAAUCGUUAUCUAGUGGUCCCGCUACCGAAGGACUCUUUUCUCGUGGCGAUCUUGGACUCAUGUCACUCCGGCACUUUGUUAGAUAUCGAACACACACAUUGUAAUGCAAAUCCUGGGUCAAACCAGGAGCCGAAAUCAACUUCCGCCACUAUUAACCGGAGUGCUCUUCGACGUAGAACAUCCGAGGUCACUGUCGUUUCCCCGAGCCGGCAGAUGUCUUUGGACAAGGAGAACAUUCCCGUCACACAUUCGAUCGACCCCGCGCACUGGGAACCUCUGCCGAGAUGCGGCAGUCCCUUGUCGGCUUUGUCCUACCCGGGAUGCGACGGAGCUUGUCGCAGCAGAGUUCAGCGUGGCAUCUCUGUCAUGGGCCACAAACGACCUAUCGCCACGAAUGUCCUUUGUAUCUCGUCUUGCGAAGAUUCGCAGCUGACUUCGUACUCGGAGGGCACUCAGGUGUCGAUGGCCCGCUGCAUCAUCGAUCUUGUAGCAUCGAGCCAGGAUAUCAGCGUCGGCGAGGUCGCGGAUGCAGUUGCUCGAGCUCUGGACAAGGAGCGGGCCGCUGUUUGGGAAAGACAUCAACAACGAUGGGAUGAAUUCAAUUCUAACGGAGGUGCCCGAAUCAGAGCGCAACUCGAGGCGAAUGCUCCCAAACGCUCCCAAACGCUCCCGGGAAACAUGCCCACCGACCAAUACUUCGAGCAUCUCACAGCCAAGGAGUCUGAUCCCCGCACGCCCGCCCGUCGACAGUAUCGCAAACUGAGGACUCUCGCUGAUGCGCUGCGAGAAUGGGUCCAGUGCCACGCGCCAUUCAAGCACGAACUCGGGUGUCGCACCAGUCCCGAAUCGACAGGAAAGCCCAGUCCGCGGCCGAGACCGGGAGCCGAGUUUCGUGGGAUUGCCUCCAGCAGGACACAUCCUGUGCCCAAGGAACGCCGCUUGUUCUCGAAGUUUGUCGAGCGGGCAGCGCGGCUCGCUGAACUCCAGCCUCGGCCUAAGCGUCCUUCGCCGCCUUCCAACAUGGUUCUCUCCAGCAAAUGGCCACUGAAUCUGCAAGAGUCCUUGCGCACUUGGUUCAGUGGCCCGAAGCAUUCAAUGGCUGUAGCUUGUCCUCACUUCUGCCAUCCUUCCGAGCCGCAUUCGUGAUCACGUUUUCGAAUCUUCUAUGCUAUGUGCUCUACGUCCGUUUCAUGUAUCUGCUGUUUUGCGUUGUCGUUAUUGUUAUAGUACCGUUUUGUGCUGUUCUGUCCAUACGCUCUCGUUGUUUUGCUUGCUGUUCUACGCGAUGUUAUCCUAGUUUAUCCAUGUGCUGUCUUGCUUGUUGAUACUGUAUAUUAUGGCCCUUGUAUCCGCAUAUGCUCGGG